AUGUCGCAAGUUCAGAGUCCUGGACUGGCCGACCUUGAAAAAGAGCUGGUAUGCUCGAUUUGUACCGAGCUCCUCUACCAGCCCCUCACCCUCCUCGACUGCCUCCACACAUUCUGCGGCUCCUGUGUGAAAGAAUGGUUCUCCGCACAGGGGUCGCGACUCCGACAAGCCUCCACUCGAUUCACGUGUCCAUCGUGUCGUGCUGAAGUGCGCGAUACCCGCCCAAAUGCCACCGUAACAACACUGCUGGAUAUGGUCUUGGUCGCCCACCCGGAACGGGCCAGGUCGACCGAGGAAAAAGCCGAAAUUGCGACUAGAUACACACACGGCGAGACGGUGUUCCCAACACCGCCAUCGGGCGGGGAACGCCCGGAGGAGGAUGACGAGGAUGAUGGACGGCUCUUGGAGGAAGUGGGGGAGCUGAGUCUGCACGAAAGUCGGGCUCAAGCUCGGCGUGAGGCUCGGCGGACGACUUUUAGCUCACGCACGCGCGAGAGGAGUACCAAUGAUGAGAGGCAUGCGGAGGAUGGUCGCUCAAGGCGGCGGAGGGACGGGGAUACGUCGCGGCAGCAGCACACAUUGCGACCCGAUGAUUCGGAGCGAACCCGACGGGUGGAGCAUCAGUCUAGCCUGCGAUCAUUGCUGAGUUUGUCAUCCGAUGCGGAGACUAUGGAGGAAGAGAUCUUACGGCAGAUUCUCGAGGACGGAUUGUUGGACGAUAUCAAUCUCGAGAAUCUGGGGCCGGGGCAAGAAGAGGAGCUCAGUGAGCGCAUUGCGGAUGCUUAUCGUCGGAGGCAUAUGCAGAGGUCGCGAUCUCAUCAGGGACAAGAACAGAGACGAGAACCGCGACAAGAGCCUGACGCCACUGCGCGCACACAUGUGAGAUCGGAAUCCGCUCAGAGGACGGCGGAACCAACAGCAGCUACCCGGGACCAUGGCAAUAGAAGGCCCCCGGUCUCUAGGCCACAUCUGUUUGACUCGGCACCGACACGGCCGAGCAUCUCGGGCCAUCAGAGGCGCAAUUCAGAAGAAGGCGGCGGGCGUCGACGGACCUCGCCUGUCCGAACAAACCAGGCGUCCGCAUCAGAUGAAGCUAUCAGACCUGCUACUCGGUCCGCUAGUGAUAUGACUGCAGAUCGUCGUAUUUCUCACACGGGGCGUUUACGGUCAGGGUCUUCCUCAGGUAGGCCGCGACGUGCCACAGAGUCUGAACAAAAUGUAUCUGGCGCGUCGAUGGCUGGCGGGCGAGAUCGAAGCUCUUCUAGGCAGGUCACCAGCCAACCACUUACUAACUCUCCCACUUCCGGCACUGCGCCCUCAAGUGCAAUUCGCCGUAUGACUCCCACGGAACAUAAUAUUCCGGUAUCAUCCUCGCCCCUCGUUCCAAACCGGUCGGAAAGACGGAUGAGACCUGCUUCUUCUCAAUCCGCCGCUCCUUCAUCUCCCACUGUACAAUACCCCGAACCCUCGAUAUCCUGUGACCGAUGUGGAAAACGCAACAUUCAGUAUGAUCUACACAAGAAAUGCACGAGUUGCAAGGACGGGAACUUCCACCUUUGUCUACGAUGUUACCGCACAGGACGCGGCUGUCUCCAAUGGACCGGGUUCAGCGCAUCUGCACGUGAGACCUUCCAACGCAUGAUAUUGUCCUCUACUCGCCAUCCUGCGCAAAUCAAUAAUUCGGGUCAUGUGCUGGUGUGGUUUAAAUGCCAACGGCCCUCCGAGGCCGCCCAUCAAACAUUGAGCGGCGGAAGACUAAUGACCAACGACAACCCAUCACGCCGUGUACAAAGCGGUCUCUUCUGUGAUAUGUGCCAAUCCCCAGCAAAUGACUGUUUCUGGAAUUGCAACAUGUGCAACGAGGGAGACUGGGGAUUUUGUAAUUCUUGCGUCAACCAAGGACUCUGCUGCACCCACGCAUUAUUGCCCGUCCGCCGCAUCACGUAUAGUUCACCCCCACCGGCACCGUCCAGCACACCACCACCACCAACCGAAUCAUUAAACACCCACCCGCCACAAUCCGAGACCGAGAGCUUCAAAAUCCUGUCAUUCUCAACAAACUGCGACAUCUGCACCUAUCCAAUACCCGCCUCAAAUACCCGCUAUCACUGCCUAGAAUGCAACGGCGGCGACUACGACGUCUGCACAAACUGCUACCUCAAGCUCGUGACCACAGGCAAAAUCAGCAAAGACAACGGCCACAACGGUUGGCGCCGCUGCCUGACCGGCCACCGCAUGAUAGUAGUCGGCUUCGAAGACCACGAAGAAGGCCAGCGCCGCGUCAUCGUCCGCGAUCUAGUAGGCGGCCGCGCCCUAAAAGACGAACACGUACCACAAUCCCAAUCACCCACUUCCUCCCCGGCAACCGGUGGCCCCGUUGCCUCCCCGGAGCUAGGCACCGGCGACUGGAGCUGGAAGGAUGGCCCCGAGCGCCGAAAAAAGGCGUCUCGUCUACGCGGUGGGCUCGGCCCCAUGACCGGCAGUAGUGGAGGUGCCGUCUCUGCUUCUGAUCUCUCCAACCCGUCCUCUUCUGGUGCUGUCGCUGCUCAGGGCCAGGGUAUCUCGCCGUUCCGUCGGUUUCCGCCCGAUGGGGGUGUUGGACUCGUUGUUCAUGCCCUUUGGUCGUGGUAUCCGGAAGACGAGGUGGAGGAUGAGUUGGUAUUCCCGCGCGGUGCGCAUAUCACUGAGGCGGAGAAUAUCAAUGAUGAUUGGUUUUGGGGUUGCUAUGCUGGGCGGACGGGGCUGUUUCCCGGUACGCAUGUCGAAGUUAUCAGGGAGGUUGUUCAUAGGUGA